CGAUACGGUAGAUUUCUGUGAAGAGAAGGACGGCAGAGGCGAAGGAACACAGCUCUGUCAGCUGGUAAAAAGAAAAGAAGCUGCAGUGUUAUACUAAAACGAUGAAACCAUCGGAUAAGCCUACUCCAAGGAACUAGUUUCUUGUCUAGUUUUAUUUUUUUAUUGAAUUAAAUGACGUAGCUAAUGUUCUUCUGAUCAAAUUUAUGAUUAGCGACUGCCAGUGAAAGAGGGCUGUGUCAUUGAGAAGGCAGGACACGUCAGGAGAGAGAAAACGCUGGGAAGCUAACGUUACAAAUUCUAUUAACAUUACAGCUAACUCAUCUUACACAGCUAGGUCGCUAGCUACUAAAACCAUAAAAGCAUAUCAUCCAUAUCGGCCUCGUCGUAUAUAAGUGUGGUCAAGCUGGAACAGAUAUCGUCAACCAACGCUUGGAUCAAGGGUAACGUUAGCCCUUAAAAGUCUAGGACCUAAAGGCGACGGGAUCGAAUAUUGCGUGGGGGAUAAGAGAACUGCACCAGAUAAAUGGGGGAUUACGGGUUUGGAGUCCUAGUGCAAAACAACACUGGUAACAAGUCUGCUUUCCCAGUAAGAAUACACCCACAUCUCCAGCCUCCUCAUCACCACCAAAACACCUCUCCAAGCCCUGCCACCUUCACGAGCAGUAACACUGCAGGGAAUGGCAACAGUAGUGGGUCCCCCUGGCUGUUCCCCGCCACCAAUGCCCACAGCAGCAUGCAAGAUGAAAUUCUUGGAUCUGAGAAGACCAAAGUGCAGCAACAGGAAAUUCAAGAAACACAAGAGAAACAGCAACAGCAGCAGUCGCAGUUGUCCCCAGCCCCUCAAGAAAGCGGGAUCAUAUCAGAAAUGGACAAGGCUCGAUCUGAGGAGGGCAAGGGUGAAGGUAGCCCCUCGGACGUUAGCAAUGGCAAGGAGAAGCUGCGUCUCGAAUCUCCUGUGCUGACGGCCUUUGACUACCAAGAGGCCCCAGGACUGGGCACGGCUGCCCAGUCCAGUUCUUCCUCCUCCUCCCUGACCAGCUUCAACAACUGGUCUGCUGCUAUUCCCCAGACCCCAGCUUCCACCAUCAUCAACGAGGACAUCAGCUUCUUCAACCCGGCUGCCUCAGCCAACAGUGGGCCGCUGCUGUUCCAGAACUUCUCACACCACGUGAGCCCGGGCUUCGGGGGCAACUUCUCGCCCCAGAUCGGCCCCAUCUCGCAGCACCACCCCCCGCACCCCCACUUCCAGCACCCGCAUAGCCAGGCGCACCCCCAGCAGCACCGCCGCUCCCCGGCCAGUCCGCACCCGCCGCCGCCCUUCCCCCACCGGAGCGCGGCGGCCGCCUUCAGCCAGCUGCCGCAUCUGUCUAACAACCUGAGCAAGCCCCCGUCUCCAUGGGGCAGCUACCAGAGCCCCUCACCCUCGCCCUCCUCCACGUCCUGGAGUCCCGGCGGGGGUUACGGGGGCUGGGGGGGCUCCCAGAGCCGGGACUACCGCAGGGGCCUGAACGGCGGUAUGCCUCCCCUCAACUCCAUCUCACCUCUGAAGAAGACGUUUCCCAACAACCACGUCGUGCCCUCGCAGAAGUACUCCCGCGCCAGCCCUGGCUUCAAUCCAAAGUCCUGGAUCGACGAGAGCGUAAGCCGGAGUGAGAACAUCUUCCCCUUUCAGGAGCGCACUCGUUCAUUUGAUGGCUUCAACAUGCAUUCGCUGGAGAGCUCCCUCAUCGACAUCAUGAGGGCUGAACAGGACACCCUUAAAGGCCGGCUUGGAUUCACACACCCUGCUGGAGACAGUCCUUUGCCCAUAAAUGCAAGGAAUUAUGGGAGGAGACGAGGCCACUCGUCCCUGUUCCCUAUGGAGGACGGCUUUGGGGAAGAUGAGCGUGGGGAGCAGAGCCUGCCCGGCCUGGGUUCCCCCCACUGCUUCCCCCACCAGAACGGGGAGCGCGUGGAGCGCUACUCGCGCAAGGUGUUCGUGGGCGGCCUGCCCCCGGACAUAGAUGAAGAUGAGAUCACAGCAAGUUUCCGUCGCUUUGGACACCUCUUUGUGGACUGGCCUCAUAAGGCCGAGAGCAAGUCCUACUUUCCUCCCAAAGGUUAUGCCUUCCUGCUAUUCCAGGAUGAGAGCUCUGUACAGGCCCUGAUUGACGCCUGCAUUGAAGAGGAUGGAAAACUUUACCUCUGCGUGUCCAGCCCCACCAUUAAAGACAAACCAGUUCAGAUCCGGCCCUGGAACCUGAAUGACAGUGACUUCGUCAUGGACGGCUCUCAGCCUCUGGAUCCCCGCAAAACCAUCUUUGUUGGCGGAGUGCCCCGCCCUCUUCGUGCAGUGGAGUUGGCUAUGAUCAUGGACAGGCUGUAUGGCGGCGUGUGCUAUGCGGGAAUUGACACUGACCCCGAGCUGAAGUACCCCAAAGGAGCAGGGCGGGUCGCCUUCUCUAAUCAGCAGAGCUACAUAGCGGCUAUCAGCGCUCGCUUUGUGCAGCUGCAGCAUGGGGAGAUCGAUAAACGGGUGGAAGUGAAGCCAUACGUGCUGGAUGACCAGCUCUGUGACGAGUGCCAGGGCACGCGCUGCGGAGGCAAGUUUGCGCCCUUCUUCUGCGCCAACGUCACCUGCCUCCAGUACUACUGCGAGUACUGCUGGGCCGCCAUCCACUCACGCGCCGGCCGAGAGUUCCACAAGCCUCUGGUCAAGGAGGGCGGAGACCGGCCACGCCACAUCUCCUUCCGCUGGAACUAGAAGGAGAAGAGAGUGAGGGAGGGAGAAAAGGUGUGAGAGGGGUGAAGAGGAAGAGAGAGAGAGAGAAAGAAAAAGAGAGAGAAAGAAAGAAAGAAGGGGGUAGGCAAAGGAGUCGCAGAAACAUUGUAUAAAUAAAUGCACUUUUCUGUUGCUGGUUCCUUUAGUUUAAUUUAAAGAUUUUAAUUUGUAACUUUAAUAUAUAUUUUAAAAGUCAAACCUUUUGAAAAGAGGAAAACAAUGGAUUUUUAUUAAGAAUUGAAAGAAAGAUGUAUGUACACAAAAAACAACUCAUUUCUCUAUUUUUUCCAUUAGAAUUUAUUUUUCUGGUUUUAGUGCAAAUUGAGUUGUGAAUUUUAUUGUUGUUGUUGUUGUUGUUGUUAUUAUUAUUAUUAUUAUUGUUAUUAUUAUUAUUAUUAUUAUUAUUAUAAAUCCUCCCUAAAGUUUGAUAUUCUUAACCAAUUGGCUCGACCCACUAUGUGUGAAAAAUCCAUUUAGAUUCGCAGUGUCUCUGCACCAUCAUGGCUGUGUGAAAGGUGCACUUAGUUCUUUACCUUUGAGUGGAGAUAUGACGUUAGAUCCUCAGAUUUAAACCAAAGCGCAAUCACUUUUGGUUUCUGUAGAAAAGGAAAGCAAAGAAAAGAAAAAAAAAUAGACGAAAAUUUAGAUUUCUGACUUCAGAUUUUACAGAUUCUCUAGAUUCUCUAGAAGAUCAAACGACCUGAACAUUCGCUCAUUGAAAGGCCGCGCUGAUUUUGUUCUCUGUGUGAUUUAUUCCCCCCCCCCCCCAGCAGGUGUUUUUGGGGUGCGCUUUGACCUCCAUUUUUGACAUGCAAAAACUAAUACCUCAAACCUAGCUGCUAAUGUUAUGAGUAACGUGUAGAGCCCCAGUCGGUCUCUUACUCCUCUCUCUGUCCCCCUCACACGCUACCACCACCGCCAAGGGAAAGGACAUCGGCAAAGGCACUUUGAUUUCCCAAAACACUGCUUUGUCAGUUUCCCCAUGAUUUUUUUUUUAAAAAAAAAUGUUUUUUUUUUUUUUAAUUUUGUUUCCUCUUUUCUGUCUUGUUUUAAACCCUGCUGGAUUUGGAGAAGCUCAAGUGAAGAGAGGAGCAGGGUGAUGCUUUUUGGGGAAUGUACAGUUUAGCCAUGCAGUGAUAUUGGGAUACUUAGAGACCCACUCAUAUAUUUAUAUAUAAAUACCAGGUGUACAUAUACCAGGUAUACCAUACCAUAUAUAUAUAUAUAUAUAUAUAUAUAUAUAUAUAUAUAUACUUCUUCUUGACAUGAGGGAACAGUUUGUCCAUGUUUAUUUCAUAAGACUUUUUUUUUUGUUUUCUUUCAUUUUAAACCCUGAAGCGCAACUAUACUACCCAGUCCCCUCCAUAUGUGAUGCAAGUCUCAAUCUAAGCAAAGACCCAAACCGAGAGCAGAGAAAAGGACAAGUUACAGUGACCGAGAGGAGACCGACAGCACACCGGAGAGAACGGUGUGUGUUUGUGUGUGUGUGUGUGUUUGGGAGAGGGAGGCAGUGUGGAGACUAACACUUUGCUGAAGUAGCUCCCUUCUGGGGAUUUAGUCUCUGUCUAUUUGCCAGUCUCUCCCCCUCUCUCUCUUUGUUAAGCAGAGCUACAAAGACCAGACCCCAACCAAAGAGAGCAGUCAAAAAGCCAGGGACACUUUGCAUUGUUUUUCUUCCUUUCUAUCAUUAUCAUCCAUCUGUCCUUUCCUCCUUGCGUGUACUCUGUCUUUCGUCAAGUCUUUCAUUCUGUCCCCUAAUUUCCCCUAAAACAAUUGCUAAAAAUUGUGCGAGAUCCCACUUUUUUGGUAUCCCUCUCUGCGUGAGAACCUAAAGGAGUCCAGAGAAACCAAAGAUUGGCCUUGAAUUGAUAAAUGGUGCAAGUCAAAAUCCAUGGCAACACUAGUGAAAACAACCAAACCGACCCUGCAGCCUGGCUCACGGGCCUUUCUACCGCCCCCCCCCCCCCCUCUUUCCAAA